CUGCCUGGUGGUUGUAACGGUGCGGCUAUAAAAGGUUAACAUCUGGGGGCGGGAGGGGUGCUCUUUUUCCUGCCUCCCUCCCAUGAUCAUCCCUGCAGUGCUGCAUAGGAAAGAGAAAUGAGUGAAGAGGGCCGGAGAGCGGACUAGCCUCUGCCCGGCCCUGCCUUGAGGAGUAGCUCCCGCCUUGCGAAUGGGGCCUCCGGGAUCCAGUCUCGGGGAGAUGGAGCGCCGCCGGCACCACUGGCAGCUGGUUCGCAGACACUUCUGUCCCGUGGUGUAAUCUGGAGCCUGGAUGGAGGUUGGGGAGGAGAUUCUCCCCACCACUCAGUUGUGGGGAGAGCUCCUGCGUCCCACACAGAAGCAGCACACCAUUCCCAGCUGACUCAGGAAGGCUUGGGGCCCCCGGGAGGCAGAAGGCCGGCAUGGAGGGGAACUCGCCUACGGAGAAGAGAAGAGCUGUGAAGGGCACGAAGCAGCAUGGCAGGAACGCCAGUAGGAGCAACCUCCCCGCUGAGAGUGCCGAGCCCAGCACUGACCAGCCUGUCCGAGUGGCCUUGGAGCCAGCGGGGCUGCAAGGGGAACCGGGCAGGACCGCUCGCUCUAUUCUGGAGGGCAAGGUGAAGGCUCUGAAGGAGAAAAGGUCGACCGUUAAGCAGGGAGGAGCAGUGUCCCAGGAAUGGGCCUCUCUGAAGAAGCCCAAGGCCAGGAAAGGGAAGCUUGCGCCAGGUCCAGCGGUGGUGGAGGGAGUCCCCCAGGACGCAGUGGUGGAGCCGCGGGCUCAGAUCCGCACCUACCUGACGGACGUGCUGCUAGACAGCCAUGACAAUGUGGACUUUGGGCAGGGUGCCAGGGGGCCUGUGGCUGCAGACCUUUACGCCGACAAUGUAGAAGCUCUGAAGGCUCAGAGGACAGUGGGAGGAGGCAGUGCCUUGGGCUGUGGUUCAGCUGAGGAACUCUGGAGGCUCCCAAGCCCAGGAAGGAGCAUGCAGGAGAAUGCUGACUACUGCUCAGAAAACAGGGCCCAAAGGGGCUCCCCAAAUGGGCUUUGGGGCACCAGCUCCACUAGGAAUCCUCCCUCAAGCAGCCAGAAAUCUUCCCUUGAAGACCAUGGCAAACCAGCCCCCUUUGGAGAAGAGCUGGCUCAGGCUAGGGACUCGGAGAGCCUCCCCCUGGCUCAAAAGGAUGAUCUGUGCAGGGGGUUAGCCCCAUCAGGGCGGCUGUGGAGGGCUGAGAGCUGGGACAGCCUUGGCAGUGCUGCGAGUGUUGCCAGCGGGCUGUCUCUGGCUGAGCGGGUGGAGAGGAACCGGGCUGUGCUGCAGGAGAUGCUGAGCCUGUCGAGGCAGAACCGCUCUCCUCUGGAGCCUCAUCGCUAUGCGAAGGAAGCGCUCAUGCUAGCGAAGGAUGGAGCCGCUCAAGAGCUGCUGGUGAAUGACCUGGACUGGGACUCUGGGGUCUCACUGCAGGACUCAGAAGGGUACAGGGCCUUUGUUCCCACUCAGGAGCUUGAGCUGAGCCCCAGGCAUGAGCAGGCCAAGCAGCUGUUGCAGAGAGCCCGCAUGAAGGCCAGGACGAGCCCUCUCCGAGCCAGCCACGACAUCCUUCCUGCUGUUCCCCAGGCCAGGCGGGAUGCGGGUGGGAGCACCGCUCCAGAUCUGAAGAAGAGCUAUGCUCUGAGGGAUGGGGAGGCUCACACCAGUGGGAACCUGAGUGACUCCUCCAGUGGGGAAUCCAGCUGCGGGCAGGCCAGGAAGCGAGGGCCAUCCCCAUCCCGUGUGCGCUUUGAGGACGAGUCUCUCCGGGAUGCCGAAGUUCGCUAUUUGGAGAGGUUGCAACUGCGCCAGAAGCGGGUCUUGGACUCGGUCCUCUUGACUUUGGGACAGAGCCCACUGGUCUCCAAGCCAGACCUUUCAGAUUACAUCAACGGGGACUUCCACCGCAAGGAGAGUGGAGUCAGUAAAGCCUGCAAGGAGCAGCAGAAUCGUGGGCAGGCUGCAGGGACAUCUGCACACCACACCAGCAGGGGGCGCUCUGAGAAGGCUGGGCCCACUGCGCUGAGUGCAGAGGGGAAGUGCAGAGCCUGUGGCUCCUAUCUCAGGGGCUCAGCAGCUAAUCAGAACAUGGACCUCAGGGCUGAUCAGACCGUUAAGCCCUUAUCGGAGAGCCACAGUGUAACUCAGGAAAACAAAAUAAUCAGCACCGGGGCUGAAAGUGGGGAGCCAAGCGCUUCCCAGCAGGAGGCGAGAGGAAGGACUUUGGGCCCGAGGGGGUCUCCCCUCUGGAUUCUUCCCUCCCGGCAGCGCGUUCAUACAGAGCGGAUCAGGGAGACGUACAUCGGGGAUGUCACGUACAUAGAUGACGUGGACUCAGCUCUAGACAGCACCGACACGUCUGACAGCUGCAGGACUGACAGCGAAGAGGCUGGGCCAGGGAGCUGCCACCCCCAGGGUUACCAGGAUGCCAGAGGCCGCUGGCCUGGCGGGCACCAAGCUCCUAGGGGAACUCAUGCGCCGGAGAAGGACACGAGGGGCAGGAAGGCGGGGCAAGAGGAGUGCAGGGUGAAUGGUGACAGUGGAGGGACCAGGAUCUCUGACAACAUGCUUUGUACUGGCAGGGCUGCCAUUGGUGAGAACAUCAGUGAGGAAAGAGACUCCAGCUUGAAGGACACCCUCGUGCUAAAAGAGGGUCAGGUGACCAAGCCAACAGGCAAUGGGGUAGAAGCACUUUCCAAAGGUGACCAACUCCCAGCUGCACCUCGGCUGGCUGGGAAGAACAGUGGCCGGUGUGAUGCAGCGCUCAGCCCUGUCCAGCGGGGGCAUGUCCACCCUCCGCCCCCUGCCCAGGGUCAGCCGUCAGCACCGUCAAUCCCAGGCAACAGAGGCACACUGGAAAGCUCUGCCCCCGCCCCUCAGCCAGCCAACAACUUCAGCCAACCCAGACCAGCAACAGGCAUCUCCCAACAACAAGCAAAGCAGGGGGCACCAUGCUACAACUUGCUGGCUCGGGUCCCUGCCCCGCCGCCGACUGGGAAAGCUUCCUCCCCUGUGCCUUACAGGAAGGCCAUCCUGACGGGUAGCUACAGGCUGACAGGCCACAAAACUGGGCGCCUAGACCAGACCAGUGGCCUGGUGACUCGGCCCACUUCUCCUCCCGGCAAGUGUGGGUCUGUGCCGGAGGAGCAGAAAAGCCAGCACAGCCCAAAAGUGCUUUCCAAGGGCCGACUCCUGGCCUUGUCCACCAAUAACUGCAACAACACAUGGGCUCAGUGUCAGCAUGAUGGCCAGGCUGCCAGCGCGGCUCUGAGCCACGGAGAGCGGGCCGUGAGAGUCCAGAAACUGCCUGCUUCCUUGGGAGACAGUAAAGGUCCAUCCUCAGCAGCAGCUCCCUCUGCUGCUCCCAGCGCCAUCAGCUCAGUGGGCAUCACCCUCUCCCUGGCAGCUGAGGAGACCGAGCCCACCCAGGCUGGUCGAUUACCCAGCGGGGAAGCGCCAGUGUCUGGGUCACAGCAAGCAAAGCCGUUCGCGGAAGGGAGCAAACUGCUGGAUGCCCACCUAGAGCCAAAGAAGCCGUCGGCCUCUGCAACAAGCAGGAAAGGAGGGGGCUCUUCCGCAUCAGGGCUGAAAAAGUUCUUCUGCACCCUCAGCCAGAGCACCAAGCAGAAACUGGGCAGGUUCCGGUGCUACAGCAUGGAUCAGAUUCCCGCCGAGGCGCCAAGCCUGGCUCCACCCCCAGAAGCCAAGGCAGAUGCUGCUGAUGGCUCUAAUUUGAAGAAAGCACCUUCCCUGCAGUCACUGCGCCUGGUGUCACCCUUCUGCCAACUGAGGAAAGCCUCUUCGGUACAGAACCUGCAUUCUCUCCUGGGCAAGACUGACCGUUCCAGCUUUUAUCUGGAGGGCAAGCCAGGGGAAAGCAAAGCAGCUGACAGGAAAGCAGGUGCUCCGCCCCGGCGUUCCCUCAGCGUGGAGGACAUUGGCACCCCUGAUUUAGUGCGAACAGUCGGGCGGGUGGUAGAAGUCUUCCCGGAUGGAACCAGCCAGCUGGAGCUGCAGCGCCCCCCACAGGGCACUUUUGGGUUCCGUGUCUCCUCAGGGAAUGGUCGACCUGACACAGGCAUCUAUGUCCAGGAGAUGGCAGACACCAGCACAGCCAAGCUGUACGCAGGACUCCUUGGAGUGGGGGAUGAGAUCCUGGAGGUGAACGGUGCCAAGGUCACCGGGCUCGGCCUGGCCCACAUCAGUGAACUGCUGUUAUGGGCUGACACCCUGUCCAUCCGAGUGCUCAAGCAGAGACCCACCAAGCGGUAGCAUGGAGGAGGCCAGGGUCCUGCUGAGUUGCACCCAGGAAGCACGAUGCUACGCAGUGUUCAGUGGCCUCGCUGAACAAGGAGAGACCAGCAUGUGGGUGAAGCCCCUGCUGCCUCAUGGGGCGCUGCAGGGACACAGUCCUUGGCAUGGAGCCCAACUCCUGCAGCUAGGAGAUGCCUUUGUGACUGGAAAGAUGCCUGAUGCCACAGGCAGUGCUGUCUCAGUGUCAGGGACCUUUCUGUGCUAAAUAGUGAGCGUGUGCAAAGUUGUGACGGACAAUGCGGAUCCCUGUCCGUGGCCAAGGGACUGUCAGGGCGAUGUCUGCUUCAGUGCCUCUGUCUCUGUUGGGCGGGCUGGUGCACCAAGCAGCUCAUGCAUGCUAGUCCAACAGAAAUAAUGGGUGCUGCUGCUCUGCCUGGGCCGCUCGGCUCCCCUGCGGUGAGUGUUAAUGGCCGGGGCUCUGCACCCAGACAUGCUGAGUAGCAUUCGGUGCCAGACUUUCUGUGCAAUAUUUUGUUCCCCAAUAUUUUCCAGCUUGGGGCAGACAGGGGUCUUAUUUUCUGCUCUCAUCCACCACACAGUGACUGCUGGCAAUGCGGGAAGGAUCCGUGACCUGCCAGCUCGGUCCCUGCUGUUCCCAGUGGCCAAACAGCAGGGGGCGCUGCCUGAUCAGCAUAUCCAAGAGAGGCUCCCAUGGUGGGGGCCUGGCAGCACCAGCGUAUUCAGCUCUGAGCGCCAGCCUGGCAGCUGUGCAGCAAGAGCUCAUGGCUGCUGUGCAGUGUCGCCCUCUCGCCAGGUCUGCCUUUGUGCCCUGGGUGCAGUCAGUCCCUCUCCGGUUGCCUCCUGUCACCGAACCAAGAGCUUUCCCACUGGGUCCUUGGUACCAGCCUGAGAUGAAGGCCAAUGUCAUUCCUGGGCUAACUCAUGCUGGCAAAAUAAAGGGCGGGACAUAGAGCCCAGGGACCUGCUGGAUGUGCUGAUGGGACCCGUUCGG